AGGUCUCCUCCCUCCGGCUCAGAGGUUCCUCAGGCUCCUCUGAACCUUCAGCAGAAGGAGGUGGGAGGCUGAGAGGAGUGAGGAGGUAGAGGAGGACUCUGCUUCCUCUCCUCGCUGUGGUUUCCUGUUUGCAGGUGGGAGGAUGUUCAGACGGUUGCAGCAGCGUUCUCACAGAGCUGCAGCUUCUCACCAACCGGCGCCGCUCUGAGGUGUCAUAGUCGCUCCUCCUGAUUGGUCGGAGGUGUUUGUGUGAAGCAGGCGGCGGCGCUCUGAGGACAGCGUCUCCAGUUUCCACCAACAGCUUGCAGAUGAGGUGCAGCAGGAGGAAGGUUUGAUCGUCCCACACGGUGUUGGUGAGUCAGAGCUUCAGGAGGUCCAUCUGCAGACACCAGCAAGGUGCCAUCGAGUCGAGAUGAUUACCCGCUUCAUCUGACUGAAGAGCGAUCAGAAGGAGCAGACAUGUUGAAGAUGGCUGCUUGGUUCCAGUAGGUGUUGGUUUGGACCAGACAGUGAGGAGAACAUCUACAGGCCUAGAUCUACGCUCCGCUUCCACUGCCGCAGAUGAAGGAUGGACGCCUCCUGGCUCACUCUGCUCAUAAUGGCUGCCGUCUUCAUCGCCACCGUCCUCCUGGCCGUCGUCUGUCUGGACUGCGGCAACAAAAGUCCUGCCUCCAUCUCUCAGACGGACCCUACAGAGGAAUACGUCCCCUCUGGAUUCAGAGUCAUCCAUCCAGCCCAGUCCGUCACCAACCAUGUCCCCAUCCAUUCUCCCAGCAGCCUGAUGCCGCACCCAAAUGCUGCUGACCGUGGUUCUGAGCGGAGACUCCGGCCCUACACACCGACAGAGACUGAGAGUAAUCCGAGUUACGAGAACGGACCUGAUUGCCAGGACAGCGACGCUGAAGACAACGGAUACAUAAAGGUUCUUCCUGAAACGGAUCAGAGUCGGGCCUCCACUCCCAGCUCAGAUAAUCAUAACUACGUGAACGUUGAAGAAGCAAUAAUCAAACCAGAACCAGAACCAGAGUCGGACCCAGAAUCUGAGCCCAACUACCUGAACCUGAACGAGAUGGACCAGCCCAGUGAGUUCAGAACCUUUCUUUUCAUCUGUCUGGGUUCCUUAAAUACCAAACGUGUUUCCUGCAGGUGCCACGGCAGACAUAUUGGGUCACAGUGAGCCGGAGGAGGAGGACGACGACGAUGAUGACGACGAUGAUGAUAACUAUGUGAAUCAGCCGCCUAUGAUCCACUGUUAGCCCGGCAGCGCCUGGUGGGGGGAACCGACCCGACUUCCUCAUCUUCACCAGAACCCUGACCCUGCCAGAGGCCAACGCGUUUCGGUUUAGCUUCGCUCUUAUCCAUAAGCUGCAGGGUCGGGACCGGCCCGGUUCCAACCCUGCAGCCGGCCGAAAGGAUUCCUACUUCCAGCAGAUUUAGGUCUGAACUGGUCUUUAGACUGAACCGGCUGGUCUUGAUUCUGGGUCCAGAACCAACUGAUCACGGAUCUAAAGGAUGAUGGUGAAGAGGCCUUCUAGGCUCCUCCAUGAGAAGACUGUCUGUUAGCAUCAGCGCUAGGACCCGCUCAGCGCUUUUUAUCCAGAUGGAAUUUAAACAGAGACUCUUCUUCUGCUGAAGUCUUUUCCAGUCAGCGUUCAAACCUAAAUCUGCUGGGUGUGAAUAGAUUCAGGCCCAGCUGUGUCCCAAUAAACCAGAAGUAGAACAUUGAUAGACGGUCGUCCAUCAUGUCUCCAUACCAGCCGCCUGCUUCUGACAUAAACUAGUUUUAUUUUAACAGACCAAAACCAGAACCUCUGAAGGAGAUCAACCGGGAUCUGAACCAGCAGCUCCUGCUUAGUUAAACAGCCAGAGAUGGUUCAUCAUCUGCUCACCUGUGAUUGGCCGUCCGUCACUUCCUGCUUUAACGGACUGGCUUUGGUUAAACCUCUGAGCAGGAAGUAGUAUGAAUGAAACCUGACCUGGAUCAACAAACGCUGGAGAGUCGGAUCCAUCGAUCCGGGGAUCCAUGGAUCCGGGGAUCCAUCGAUCUGGUGAUCCAGGGAUCCAUUGAUCCGGGGAUCCAUUGAUCCAGGGAUCCAUCGAUCCGGGGAUCCAUUGCCUGCAGAGCAUCUCACCUGGUUCUGAGUGGACGGAUCCACUAAACCAACCAAACGAUCCUGGUUUCCUGGUUUCCCUGAUGCAGCAAACAUUCAGCAGGAUGAAUCCACAUCCUAAAGGUCCUGAGAUCUCCUUCAUGUUUUGAUCCCACCUAACAGGAGCUUUGGUGAUUGGAGUCCCUAAGACUCCACAGAUGACCGAUCACAUGACCGAUCACAUGACCUUUAGAGAUUAAAGGGAUGAACUGAAUGGUGGGUCAGACAUGUUGAUAACUGAUUCCUUUAAAUGAGACCCUGUUAAAUCAGCAUCUCUGAGAGACGUGUUGAGGUUGGGAACACUAAUAUCGGAACAGAAUCCAGAUUAAUCCAGAUUAGCACAGAGGCCAGGAGACUUACUGCUAUCGGGCAUUUAUUUCAUUCAUUCAUGGUAACCUGCCAAUGUUCCUGGGGCCCCGCGGCGCCAGCUUGUUUCAGCUUUACUUUCACUGACGACUCCUGAGAAUGUCUUCAUUUACCUGCUGAUUUCAAUUAAAGAGAAAAAUGCAACAAA